AUGGAUAAUAUUGAAGAGGUUAAUAUGACAUCUGCCAAUAUGUCGAAUAAAGAUACGGCUGGUGAAAGUGGUGAUGUGGUUCGGGAUGGUUCAAAUUUUAAUCAAGAUAAUAAAGAUGAUGAAGCAUUAGAGAUGAAACAAAUAAAUAAAAAAGGCGAUGAUGAUUCAUCUAUUGAACAAUAUUUACAAACCGAUCCAAAAACCGGUUUGACGACAGAAGAGGCUGAAAUACGUUUGAACCAAUUUGGAAGAAACGAAAUUACAGAAACAAAGCCUAAUAUGUUCUUAAAAUUCAUUUCAUACUUUCGAGGUCCGAUCGCCUACUUGAUUGAACUAGCUUGUAUAGUGGCAGGAAUAGUUAAAGAUUGGGUAGAUUUCGGCAUAAUCCUCGCGCUUUUGAUUGUUAAUGCAUGUAUAGGCUUUAUAGAAGAAGCACGUGCAGAAUCUGCGUUAGAAGCGUUAAAGCAGACUUUAGCGUUAAAAACGAAAGCUUGGCGUGAUGGAAAAUUGGUCGAAUUGGAUUCUGCAGAAUUGGUUCCGGGUGACAUUAUCACUUUGCGGAUUGGAAAUAUUAUACCAGCUGAUGCAAAAUUAUUAGGAAUUGGUGUUGCUGGUUCAGAAUCCUCAGAAUACUUGAUGGUGGAUCAAUCGGCAUUGACUGGUGAAAGUUUACCGGUGCAUCGCAACAAAGGAGAUAUUGUAUAUUCAAGUUCUAUAGUUAAACAAGGACAAAUGUUGGCUAUCGUUGUCAAAACCGGGCAAGAUACAUAUAUUGGACGUGCUGCUACGCUUAUGAACAUGGCCGUGGAUCAAGCGGUUAAAUUUCGAAAUACAAGUUCUGGUAAUAUAUUAGUAAUUUUGCAACAUAUUCUGGUGUUGACGGUCGCAGCUAUUCCGGUCGGUUUACCAACCGUUCUUUCCGUAACUAUGGCCGUAGGAGCAAAGCAAUUGGCUGCCAAAAAAGUAAUUAUUAGACGCUUAGCAGCCAUUGAAGAACUGGCUUCUGUCUCUAUUCUUUGUUCUGAUAAGACUGGUACACUCACCCUCAACGAACUAUCCACUGAUGAGUCAUGGCUGACUCCUUCCUAUACUGAAUCCGACCUUUUCUUGUAUGCAUAUUUGUGUUCAGAGCCGGGUACAGAUGAUGCUAUAGAAUUAGCUGUUAGGGAUGCAGCAGAAAAAAAACUUGAUAUAUUAAAAAAUCUUGAAAAUGAACAUGAAAUUCCUGGUUUCAAGAUUAAAACAUUUGUUCCUUUUAAUCCUUCAAAAAAAUUAUCACAAGUUACUGUGAUAAAUCUUGAAACGCAAGAAGAAAUUCAAAUAGCCAAAGGUGCACCGCAGGUUAUAAUACAUCUUGCGGGCGGAGAUCAUCAAGCCGAUCUUGCAGUAGCCGAUUUGGCGUCACGUGGUUUACGCGCUCUUGGCGUUGCAAAAACUAAACCAGUCAAUCCUUCUACUACUGCAGAUUCACAACAAUUACAAUGGGAAUUGGUGGGAUUUUUAAGUUUACUCGAUCCACCUCGACCUGAUUCAAAAGAAACUUUAAAAAAAUGUAAAGAAUUAGGCAUAACUGUUAAAAUGGUAACAGGUGAUCAAUUAAUUAUUGCUAAGGAAGUUGCUCACCGACUUGGAAUGGGCAGAGCUAUACUAGACACAAAUCACUUGGUUGAUCCCACAAAAUCUGAUGAUGAAAUUACUGAGCACUGUGUGAAAGCUGAUGGUUUUGCUCAGGUAGUUCCUGAACAUAAAUAUAAAGUUGUUGAAUUGCUACAAAAGAAAGGAUAUCUUGGAGAUGGUGUAAAUGAUGCACCAGCUCUAAAGCGCGCAGACGUUGGAAUAGCAGUACAGGGAUGUACGGAUGCAGCGAGAUCUGCUUCUGAUAUUGUAUUAUUAGCGCCUGGUCUUUCAACAAUAAUUGAUGGAAUGAUGACUUCUCGUGCCAUAUUUCAACGCAUGAGAUCCUAUUCUUUAUAUCGUAUAACCUCUACGGUACAUUUUUUACUAUUUUUCUUUUGCAUAAUCUUGGCUAUGGAUUGGAGUUUACCAGCCGUAUUGUUGAUUAUGAUUGCGUUAUUGAAUGAUGCAGCAACUUUAGCUAUUUCAGUUGAUAAUGCUCAGAUAUCUGAAAGUCCAGAUAAAUGGCGCAUCGGGCAACUAAUCACGCUUAGUUUAAUUAUGGGAAUGCUUUUAACAAUGUUUAGUUUUGCACAUUAUUUUAUUUUCUUGCAUGUAAUUAAAGUAACACCAGGACAACUUUACACGGUAAUGUACUUACAUAUAUCAUCAGCUCCACACUUUGUAAUAUUUUCUACACGAUUAUCGGGUCACUUCUGGGAAGUUCUUCCAUCACCGAUCUUUGUUGCUUCAAUAUUGGGUACACAAAUUUUUGCAAUGAUUUUAUCGGGUUUCGGAUUACUUACUGAAGCUAUCGGAUGGAUUAUGUCCAUCGUUAUUUUGUUGAUCUCUUUGUUAAUAUUUGUAUUCCUUGACUUUGUUAAAGUAAUUGUAUAUCGUUAUUGGACAUUUGAAUUGAUAGCUAAACUUUGUCCAUCAUCAGCAAAGCGUGAAAAGUUAGCUGCACGUCGUGAACGAUCUUUGUUAAUGAAAAGAAUUGCCGGAAAUGUUGAAAAAAUGAGAAAAGUAUUAUUAAUGAUUAAAGUUAUUCGUGCAUUUAGACAAGCAGUUAGUGAGCGACAAGCGAUUAAUGAACGGGAAAGAUAA